AUGAGCGACCGCUUCGCUAGCAUAGGAUUUGAUGACUUCCGUACUGAGGUCGCGCUGCUUGUUAAUGCGGGACUAGCGCAAGGCUCGCCCCUCUCACCUAUUCUGUUCACAUUCUUUAACUCCGAUCUCGUCGACCAACCGGUCACCUUCCGUGGUGGCGCAUCAGCCUUCAUUGAUGACUACUUCCGCUGGCGAGUAGGUCGGUCGGCCGAGGAGAACUUAGCCAAAAUUCAGUCCGAGGACAUUCCUCGCAUCGAAGCGUGGGCGCGUCGGACUGGGUCCUGCUUUGCGGCCGAAAAGACCGAGCUUAUCCACCUUACUAGGAGAAAAAGCGAGCAACUGCAAGGGCAAGUAGUCAUAAACGGGAAGACAGUCAAACCAUCCCCCACAGCCAAGUUACUGGGUGUGAUCUUCGACCAUGAGUUGCGGUGGAAAGAGCACGUCCAGCAAGCUAUUAAACGUGCCACCAAGGUGGCUAUCGCUCUGGCAGGACUACGACAUCUGCGCCCAGAACAGAUGCGACAAAUCUACCAAGCAUGCGUCACACCAGUAGUAGACUAUUCGUCAACGGUCUGGCAUGACCCUCUGCGUGAUAAAGUCCACCUACGCCACCUAAACACAGUUCAGAGAGGCCCUCUGAUCCGUAUCCUGUCAGCGUUUAAGACAGUAGCGACCACCACUCUAGAAGUAGAAGCGCACGUCCUCCCGACACACCUCCGCCUCCGCCGCCGGGCACAACACACUAUCGCGAGACUCCACACUCUACCUCGCAAGCAUCCCAUUUGGAGCGCGCUCCUCCGAGCCCAGAGACGGAGGAACAAUAUCGGAAACUACGCCCGGUUCCCACUAGCGGAAGCCCUAAAGACCAUGGACUUACAGACAUUGGAUGAACUAGAAACGAUUGACCCAAGCCCGCUGGCACCGUGGCAAGCCGAACCCUUUGCGGAGAUUGAGGUUGCAUCGGAUCGAGAGACGGCCGUUGAACGAGCCGAAACCGCGCGAUCUAUGUCGGACAUUGUGGUCUACUCAGAUGCCUCUGCACGCGAGGGUCAUCUCGGAGCGGCCGUAGUGGCACUCGACGACAACCUGCAGGUUGUCGAAUCACAACAGGUCCAGGUGGGACCAAUGGACCGAUGGUCGGUUCACGUAGCGGAACUCAUCGGCAUCUUCUACGCUAUCAGCACGGUGUUCAAGAUCGCCCAUCAACGGACAAGCGAAAACAGUAGAGAAAAAACAGCAACGAUCCUGUGCGACAGUAGAUCAGCCCUGCAGGCAACUCAGAACCCAGGGAACAAAUCGGGCCAGCGGAUCGUGCACGCGAUCCUGCAAGCUGCCACAGAGGUCCAAGCUGAGAGAAUAGCGCUCCGUCUCCAAUGGGUGCCAGGGCACUGCAAUAACCCUGGUAACGACGCUGCGGAUCGACUAGCCAGAGACGCCGCGUACCCAGGCAAAUCCCACUCAUUCCGCCCGCUACUCUCGAGGGAGAAUGCACACCUGCACGUCAAUAUCCUCAGUCAGUGGGAGCAGGAGUGGAGAUCGUCCAGCAAAGGCAAUCACCUACGGAAGAUCGACGGUACCCUACCAGCAACCUACACGAGGAAGCUAUAUGGGAGCCUGCCCAGGAACCGGGCGUACCUGUUAACGCAGCUACGUACAGGCCACAACUGGUUAUCUACCUACGCCAAGAGUUUUGGCUUCCGUGACGACGACCACUGCGUGUGCGGUGCACAAGAAACUGUUACUCAUGUACUAGUGGACUGUCCAUCUUUAAGGGGUAUUCGAAUGGAGUUACGGAGGGAAGUGGGGGACGCGUUCAGGAGUGUCUCGAGCCUGCUGGGAGGCUCAAACGAAGGUAAGAAAGGUAAACCAGACACCGUCUCAAGGGCGAAGACGGUCAAGGCUGUUUUGGACUUCGCCGAGGCGUCACAGCGGUUUUGGAGUCGCGCGCCACGAGGGCAGCCUAACAAUGGGAACGGCAAUUAG